GGCGAGCAAGAGAAAGAAAAGGAGAGAGAGAGAGAGAGAGAGAGAGAGAGAGAGAGAGAGAGAGAGAGAGAGCAGGCCCGGUGCAGAGCACUGCCACCGCCUCUUUGCCUCCUCAACUCCCAGCCAAGGCGCGCGGUGGCGUCCUCGCGCCCUCGCCGGCGCCCCCGCCCGUCGCCCGCGCAGGCCAGGCAUGAACGCUGAGACUUGCGUCUCUUACUGCGAGUCCCCGGCCGCUGCCAUGGACGCCUACUACAGCCCGGUGUCGCAGAGCCGGGAAGGUUCGUCGCCUUUCAGGGGAUUCCCAGGAGGCGACAAGUUCGGUACAACUUUUCUGUCGGCCGGGGCCAAAGGACAGGGAUUCGGGGACGCCAAGAGCCGGGCCCGCUACGGCGCGGGGCAGCAGGACCUGGCGGCACCGCUGGAGAGCAGCGCCGGGGCGCGGGGAUCCUUUAACAAGUUCCAGCCGCAGCCGCCCACCCCGCAGCCGCCGCCCGCUCCGCCCGCGCCGCCUGCGCAUCUCUACUUGCAGAGGGGCGCCUGCAAAACGCCCCCGGACGGUAGCCUCAAGCUCCAGGAGGGCAGCGGCGGCCACAACGCGGCCUUGCAGGUCCCCUGCUACGCCAAAGAGAGCAACCUGGGUGAGCCAGAGUUGCCUCCUGACUCUGAACCCGUGGGCAUGGACAACAGCUACCUCAGUGUGAAGGAGACAGGGGCCAAGGGGCCCCAGGACCGGGCCAGCGCUGAAAUACCAAGCCCCCUGGAAAAGACCGAUUCUGAGAGUAACAAAGGCAAGAAGCGGCGGAACCGAACCACCUUCACUAGCUACCAGCUGGAAGAGCUGGAGAAAGUCUUCCAGAAGACACACUACCCUGAUGUGUACGCACGGGAGCAGCUGGCUAUGAGGACCGACCUCACCGAGGCCCGUGUGCAGGUUUGGUUCCAGAAUCGGAGGGCCAAGUGGCGAAAGAGGGAGCGCUUUGGGCAGAUGCAGCAGGUCCGGACCCACUUCUCCACGGCCUAUGAGUUGCCCCUCCUCACCCGGGCUGAGAACUAUGCCCAGAUUCAGAACCCGUCCUGGAUUGGCAACAAUGGGGCUGCCUCGCCAGUGCCAGCCUGUGUGGUCCCCUGUGACCCGGUACCAGCCUGUAUGUCCCCUCAUGCUCACCCUCCUGGCUCCGGGGCCAGCAGCGUCUCCGACUUCUUGAGUGUCUCUGGAGCUGGCAGUCACGUGGGCCAGACACACAUGGGCAGCCUGUUUGGAGCAGCUGGCAUCAGUCCGGGCCUCAAUGGCUACGAGAUGAACGGCGAGCCAGACCGCAAGACCUCAAGCAUCGCUGCCUUGCGCAUGAAGGCCAAGGAGCACAGUGCAGCCAUCUCUUGGGCCACAUGACAGAACCCCUCCUGCCACUCCUGAUGUCAUCCCCCUCCCUGGGGCCCUGGCCAUGUCCCUGCUUUCCAGGCCCCCAGCUUCCCACUUGACUCUCCUCUUAGGAACCCGGCCUGGCCCAGGGGCCUGGCCCUCAGCACUUUCAGCCACCCCAAGUCUGAGGCCCCAGGGACUGCUGGGAGGGAGGGGGCGACGGUAGGCUCUUGUCCCUCCCUGGCUCUGAGGUCAUGACCCCUGCUCCCUGCCAAAGGCAGUGGAGAGAGGCAGGCGGCUCUGUGCGUAUCUUUGCAUCAUGUAAGGUGAGGCCCUGUCUUUCUUCGUGUUCUUCCACCCCUUCCGUUUGACUUGAGUCAAAGUCAGGCCCCCUUCCAGAUCUAC